CACUUCGAAAACAUGGCGGCCUCCAUGUUGUUGUUUGAUGUUGGGAAAUAUUUUUCUGAAGUACACGUUUGUAUGUCAUCACAAGUAGAGCCAAUUCAAAUAAGUAAACUGAACCAUAUCUUUAGUAGCAUGAUCCAAGAAAUCGUAACUGCUAAACUCCGCGUCAGAUUGGAAGAGUCAUUCAUUGCUGACCUGGAAAGUAUUCUUGAAGCCUCAGAACAGGAACUGUCUUCAGAGAUGUGUGAAUGUGUAACUAACUGUUACAGAUUAUGUAGAAACAUAUGUGCAAUGUGUACUGACAAUCAGACCCUUCUACGCAACUCUGAAAGAUUCAUCAAACUAACACACACUUUACUGUCAACUCAAGUACACAGUGAUACAAAAUCUGAGGAGUUGUUUUUGCUGCUACGCUGUGUGGUACAGUUUCUAGGCAAUUAUUCUUCAGGAAAUAAAGAAAAUCAGAUUCAGAUUUGGGAGCAGUUCGGUGAUGUCUUUAGAAAUUUAUUGUUGUUGGAGGAUGAAAAGCUCAAGGAGUAUGUGUUGAUGGUUAUUCAUAUAAUCCUGACAGAUAUCCAAAUAAUGAUAUCUGCUACAUUAGGUGACACAGAGUGGUCGUUACUGAAUACCUGUGUGCAGAUUGCCGCCAAAUCUGAUUCACAGAACGGUUUACUUGUGACAGAAGAUUGUUUGAAGAUUCCAGAAUUUUGUGAGAAGUUGUACAAUAAAAUGCCUAUUCAGACAAGGAUUUUGAUGUUGGAGGUAUUGAUGAACAUGUUGCAAAGGUUACCAGAGGACAAUUCACAGACCACUGACACUGAUAUAGCACCAGGCGGUGACAUACCUGCAAGUAAUAAUAUACACUAUAUCGCAGCUGAUUUCAUACUUCAGUCACAUCUCAUUCCUUCGUUGCCUUCUGAUUCUUCAAAUCAAUUACAGGUGAUGUGUUCAGUGAAAGAAUUGGAAUGUCUGUGUAUUGCCAGUGCCCACCACAACUUGUAUGGUUCUAUACAGGAAAAUGAACAACUGGUGAAAACUGUUGUCUCCUUACUACAGUGUAUUGAAGAGAUAGGACAACAAGGAGACAAUGUGUUUACAAGUGUGGAUAAAAUGUCCAAUAUAAGGGAGGUAAAUACUGACCAUCCAGUGUAUGGGUUGAAGCGAGAUUUGAUCAGGCUGCUUGGUAAUAUGGCAUACAAACAUAGGCACAAUCAGGACUUGAUUCGAGAACUAGGUGGUCUGCCACUUAUUUUAGCUCAGACAAACAUAGAUGGUAAAAAUCCUUUUAUAACACAAUGGUCUGUGUUUGCCAUCCAUAAUUUGACAGAGGAAAAUGUGGAAAACAGACAUUACAUUGCUGACUUAAAACUGCAAGGCGUUACCAAUAAUCAGGCAAUACUUGAGGAAAUGGGACUGUAUGCUGAAACUGAUGGUCAGAAAGUUGUUAUAAAGAAGAAGAAAAAUGAAUAGAUAACAUCUAAUUGUGUUGUUAUGAAAGCGUUGUGAGGAGUAUAGUCAGGUCAGUGAGCUGUAAACCAGUCAGUAGUGUCUAAUAACAAACAUGAUAGCAGGACUAGAUUACAUCGAGGAUAAGGAAGAUCAGGUGAUCAUUGCAGGGGUUGUUAGUACUUGGAAGUUUUUGAGAAUUUGACCAGAAAUUGUUUGUCAGAUGUCAGUUAUUCUUCACGCCAGCGCUUGCCGAGAAAGCUUUAACUACCUGCCUAGAAAUGAUUAUUUUGGCACUAAAAAGUGAAGCACAGUGAAUUCACUGAUUUCAGUUUCACAACUCAUUGAGUGAAAAUAAAUGUAGUAGUCAAUAGAAGUGAUUAAUUUAAGAAAUGUGAACAGAAUGCAAAGUCAUCACCUUUAAUACAUCAAUCAAGCAUGGCCAUCAAGCAGUAUAUUGAUCAAACAGGGACCUGUUUACCUUUAAUACAUCAAUCAAGUAUGGCCAUCAAGCAGUAUAGUGAUCAAACAGGGACCUGUUUACCUUUUUGGUGAAAAUAGGUUUACCUAUUUACUGUUGACAGAAUAUCAGUGAAAGGGACAAAUGAACCAUGUCAAAACUGAAGUACCAAAUGGUAAAUAAAAUUAAUGACAUAAUUAUGAUUCAAACAAAGGACUGUGAUAUAUUUGUUUUGGUUUAUCUUUUAACAUGAAGUGUACUGAUUGGAAAUAUGUGAAUUAAAAUUUCAGAGCUCACCUUGAAGUUCGCCACAUGA